GCAGCGCAUGCGCCGUCGCUCUCUUUCCAGUGUCGACACUGAGCGCGACCGAACAGACGUUGAAGAACAAGAGGUGGAAGAGUACAGUUGAAACGCUUCGUCUUUAUUAUUUUAAAAAGAUCAGUUAAGACAAAUAAAUUCGUCAAGAAUUGAUUUUAAAUGAUUGCCGUCAGGAUUGGCUUGGGUAUCCUGUGCAUCUUGUAACGAAGCAGCACUUUUAAUACAGGUGUUUGUUGUUGCACCUCAGCAUGGCUGUGGUCAUCCGUUUGCAAGGUCUCCCCAUUGUGGCUGGGACUAUGGACAUACGCCAUUUCUUCUCUGGAUUGACCAUACCAGAUGGUGGUGUGCAUAUUGUAGGGGGUGAACACGGUGAGGCUUUUAUCGUGUUCGCCACAGAUGAAGAUGCAAGGCUUGGAAUGAUGCGCACAGGGGGGUCGAUCAAAGGUUCCAAGGUUUCUCUGUUGCUGAGUAGCAAAACCGAAAUGCAAAAUAUGAUCGAGCUCAGCCGUAGGCGCUUUGAAACUGGCAGUGCAGAGGUUGCCACGGGAAAUGGCAGUAGGCCAGGUCCACCGGUUAGUACUGGUGGAAGUGGAAGAGGCAACUUGCCAACCACAGCACAAGGUUUUAGUAACACAACUUCAACUACAGCCACCACAGCAGCGUCAACACAUGAGCCUGUAAGCAACAAGACUGUCCCUACCUUUUCGACCACUACAAUGGGCAACAUGCCCCCAAACUUUAAUAAUUUCAGCAGCCCAAGUCUUAGUUUGGGAUCCACAAUGACCACGGCAAUGUCGUCGUUGAACUCUGUACCUCCCCCAAUACCUCCCUUGCCCACCAUGCCAUCUCUACCACCCAUGCCCCCCAUGCCAGUAUCCACAUUGCCACCAGUAUCCACAUUGCCUCCAAUACCAGCUGUUAAUCUGCUAACAUCAGUGUCUCCGGUCCCACCUAUUGCACACAUGCCGCACCUGCCGGGGCUUCCACCAUUUAACCCCGGUGUCCCUCCCCCUGUUGGCCCUGUCACUGGUGGUUUAGCCUCUGGUCCACUGUCUCUCGGAAAUCCCAAUCAAAUGUUCCUGAAUCCCUUAAACCAUCUAAACCCCCUGAAUCUCCAGUCUCACAUGAAAUCAUCAGUGGCAAACCCAGAUGAGUUUUACAUUCAUCUACACGGCCUUCCUUUUUCAGUCACUGAAAGUGAAGUUAGAGAUUUUUUCCAGGGACUUGGGCUUGAGUCUGUUCGUUUGCUCAAAGACAACCUGGGUAGAAACAACGGCAGGGCAUUGGUUAAGUUCUUCUCACCCCAAGAUUCUUUUGAGGCUCUGAAAAGAAACGCAGGAAUGAUAGGCCAAAGAUAUGUUGAGGUUUCUCCAGCUACAGAGCGGCAGUGGAGAGAGAGCGCAGGACACUUUAAAGUAUGUAGUGACGCCGAACACAGCCGUCAUCAUCGCAGAAACACCAAUUCGCCACCACCCUCUGGCCGUGAGCGAGCCAGGUCUCGAUCACCCCACAAACUAGAAUUCUGUGUAUAUCUGAAAGGACUCCCAUAUGAAGCAGAAAACAAGCAGAUUUUUGAGUUUUUCAAAAAUCUUGACAUUGUUGAAGAUAGCAUUUACAUUGCAUAUGGACCCAAUGGCAGGGCAACUGGUGAGGGAUUUGUGGAGUUUAGGAAUGAAACGCACUACAAAGCUGCUCUCGGAUGCCAUAUGCAGUACAUGGGUAGUCGGUUCAUACAGGUGCAUCCAAUCACAAAGAAAAAUAUGUAUGAAAAGAUAGAUGCCAUUCGCAAACGAAUGCAGGGUUCCCAAGGCAAUCAGAAGAAUAGCUCGGGUGAAGGAGGAAAGAGUGCCAAGAAUUGUGCUCACAUAACCAAUAUUCCCUAUAACGUGACAAAAAAGGAUGUCCGUCUGUUUCUUGAUGGCAUUCAGUUGUUUGAGGAAAGCCUUAAGGUGUUAGUUGACGCAAAUGGUAAUGGUCUUGGCCAGGCUAUUGUGCAGUUUAAGUCUGAUGAGGACGCACUUAAAGCAGAGAGACUACAUAGGCAGAAAUUGAAUGGCAGGGAUGCUUUCGUUCAUUUGGUUACAUUCGAGCAGAUGAAAGAAGUUGAGAGAAAUCCUCCUCCCCAGGCAAAAAGAGGCCAGAAAUCCCAAGGAAAUUCCCAUGCUCAUGCUCAUACCCAUGUACACACUCAGCCCCAGGUCCAAGUUCCCCAAGCACCUCAUGCUUUUCCAGGAAUGACAGGCAAUGAGUUCAGUUUUCUGAGAAAUGCUGUAGGGACCCUUGGCAACGGUCCCCCUUUUGUCAACCCAUUCAUUGCCCCAGGUAAUGGACUGGCAGGUCCACCACCUUUACCGCCACUUGGCGCUGCUUUGGGUGACGUCUCUCUUAGCGUUCACCCGCCAAUGGUUGGGGGACCUCUGUCCGGUCCUGUUUUAGAGCACCCUGGUUUCAGACCUGACGGCAUCAGUGCACCUUCCAGCUUUGCUGGUGUGUUAGAGCCCUUAAGGGGCAUGCCACCGUUUGAUAAUGGAUCUUCUCAUAAAGCAAUUAGCCAAAAUCGUGGAGGUAGCCAAGUUCAGCGGCCAGCUUCUGAGAGUUUAAGAGGACCAUCCAGCAGUGGUCCAGGUAAUACGCGGCCCACCAUUGUCAAAAUUCAAAACAUGCCCUUUACUGUGACUGUUGACGAGAUCAUUGAUUUCUUCUAUGGCUAUCAAGUGUUGCCUGGUUCUGUAUGCUUGCAAUUCAAUGAGAAAGGUUUGCCCACUGGGGAAGCGAUGGUUGCUUUUGACUCCCAUGAUGAAGCAAUGGCUGCUGUUAUGGACCUGAAUGAUAGGCCCAUUGGGGCAAGAAAAGUUAAGAUCACUUUGGGAUGAAAGCAACAUCUUUGUCAUUGCAAGUGUCUUAACUUUUGACACGGUUUUCUGAAAAAAACAAAAACAAAAAAAACCCUUAUGUGGCUGUUUUUAUGUACAGAAGAAACUGACAAGUAUUAGAUUUUUUUUUUCUGUACACAUUAUUUAUCCAAGAUUGUAGUUUAAUGAAGCAUGACAUAAUUGAGGAAAGACUGUUUAUUUUAAAUUCCUCUAAACAGCAUUGUUUAAGACUUCAGGCCAAUAAUGUGUUAGUUCACAUCUGCAGAUCUGAAAAAGGGCCAUCUUUAUAGUGGUAUGUUCAAUAGAGCCUAAUAUCUGCGAUGGAGGUUAGUUGGCAAGUACGUUUCACUCCCAGAAUUCCUCAUUGUUUUGUAUCUCUGCUCAAGUUUUAAACAGCUGUAUUUGAUCCAUGCUGCAUCUACACAUUUUCUUCUGAGGUAAAAACCGUGCUGCUCUGCAUUGUGUGUUAAAUUCAUGCCUACACUUCAGUUGCAAUGUUUGCUCUCUGCCGCAAGUUUUUCUAUGUCAAUAAAAUGCAAAUGUCUAUGUCUUUAUCAUUAUCUGUUGCCGUCACAUUGAAUUGCUUUAAAAAGCCUGAUGUCAGACCAAUUCUGUAAAUGCUAAGCGGGGAUGUGAAGCAAAUGCAGCAUUGUAAUUUGUAUAUGAAAGCAUUUUACUCUCUUUGCUUAGUUUCUCUUCUCUUGUUGCUGUGGUGUUUGAUGAUAGCUUCCUUUUUUUUUUUUUGUGGAUAUUUGGCUUUUUUUAAGUGUUGCUGAAAUGGAUCAAUUGUUAUGUUUAUUAGUUUUUGACGUUCCAGCGCUUUUUCUCUUGUAAAUACUUUCCAGCUGAACUAUUGUCAAUAAAAUGCCAUUCCUGAA